GAGAAGUUCAGUUUGGCCACAAGAGCUGAAAAUGUCGGACGCACGACGCGGCGAUGGCCGUGGUGCUAGGAGACGUCCGCGUGAAAUUCCCUACGAUGUGCCCAGACGGCCAGAGGAAACAACAGCGAAUACAAGUUCAUCCUACGGUUCUCAUGCACAGAAUCAAGGAAUAGGACGUAGCGAGGAACGAGUCGGAGGACCUUCAAGUGAAAGACAAACAAGUGACAGAGAUGCGGGACCAAGCAGGGUUAGGACAUAUCCUGUCAGCCGGACAGACGAAAUCAACCGCGAACUUGUAACACGUCCAGCUAAAUUCAACAAAAUGGGAUCGAGUGGAUCACGAUUGGAUGUCAUAGCCAAUUACUUUCAGCUAAUCAAAAGACCUGGCAUGCAUCUAUUGCAAUAUCGCGUUGAUUUCACGCCGGAAAUUGAUCAUCCCGGCGUCAGAAAGGCCCUCGUCCGCGUACACGAGCCAAGGCUAGGGAAAUACAUUUUCGAUGGUACCCUUCUCUACAAUACAAUCCGUCUCGCGCAACCGCUGGAAUUGGCUUCGAGGCGAAAUUCCGAUGGCAGCGACGUGAAAAUCGCAUUCAGACUAGUCGGAGAAAUUCAAAAAGAUGAUGCUAUUUACUCAACGGUGAUGAAUUUGAUUUUACGCCGUUGUAUGGCUAUGCUCAAUUUAGUACUGAUUAAGCGAAAUUACUACGACAAAGAAGCCAAAACCGACGUUCCAGGUUACCCUAUAACUAUAUGGCCGGGAUAUCUGACAACGAUUCAACAUUACGAACAAGAUUACCUUUUGAAAUUGGAAACGAUUAGUAAAUUUCUACGUAGAGACACGGCCCACGAUGUGAUGGAUAAAAUACGUCGCCGACUAUUAGACCUUGCCGAGUAUCAGAGUCAAGUGAAAGGAGAACUACUCGGCAAAAUCGUGAUGACGGGCUACAACAACAAAACGUACAAGAUCGACGAUAUCGAUUUCGAGAAAAACGCGCACUCAACAUUUUACGUGCGCAAAGAGGACAGAGAAAUCACCUACGAGGAAUACUACAGAACGCGUUAUCAGCAAAGGAUUAGGUAUCCGUUACAGGCGUUGCUGAUGUGCCUGCCAUCGCGACGCGACAUCAAUCGAGGCAACACGGAGCCCAUCUAUCUCAUUGCAGAGCUGUGCGGAAUGACGGGCCUUACAAAUCAAGAAAGGACGGAUUUCAAGUUGACAAAAACGGUAUCCAACAUAACGGGAGUCACGCCCGACAGACGAGUGGCAACUUUAAUGAAAUUCCGUCGCCGCUUGGAAGAAACUCCGCAGAUUCAACAAGAACUUCGAAGCUGGGGAUUAGAAUUUGCAAAUGAUCCAGUAAGAUGCAAGGCAAGGAUUUUACCCACAAUGCCUCUGCUCAUUGGCACAGCACAAAUUCGAGUUACGAACGGCGAUUGGGGUCGGAGCUUGCAAGGCAAGAAAAUGUGUACAGCUAUCAAUUUCAGCAACUGGAUUGUUUUGCAUCCUCGGGCCACCAUCACUAAGAUAAGAUCGUUUGUCCACGAAAUCAAAACGGUGGGCGCUCCACAAGGAGUUGAGGUGUCGGAACCUCGCUACAUUGAGGUAAAAGGUGAACGUGCAACCCAUUACGUCGAAGGAUUAAGAGAACAAGUAGCAAACAGGCAAUACAAUAUCGUUCUGUGCGUGUUGCGAUCGCAUCGAAACGACACGUACAAUGCCAUUAAGAGAGAAACCUUGUGCAAAGACGCAAACAUCAUUUCACAGGUAAUUACAGAAAGAAAUCUGAACUUGGAAGCAGGCAGACUCAGGUCGGUUGCAACAAAAGUGAUGAUUCAAAUGGCCUGUAAAUUGGGAGCCGAGCCUUGGAAAUUGACUGGAUCGCCUUUGGACAAGAGAAAAUUCAUGGUGAUAGGCUACGACACUUAUCACGACGCACGGAACAAAAAGGCGGUUGGGGCUUUUGUUGCCUCCAUCAACAGCGCUUGUACUCGUUACAAUUCGUCCGUCAAAAUUCAUUCGGCCAAUGAAGAGAUUUCGCCAAGUUUCAGAGAUCACAUGUUAACCGCUUUGAUGGCUUAUUGCGGGGCAAAUAAGCAUGACCGAUCAGUGCUGCCAUUACCGCAGGAAAUAAUUAUCUAUCGCGAUGGCGUCGGAGCCGGGGAUAUUCAAACUGUCCUCGACGUCGAGUUACAAGGAAUCAAGGAUGCGUGCAGGGAAGCGGCAACAUCGUUUAAAAGGGACUACAAUCCUGGCAUUUCUUUCGUGAUUGUAAGUAAACGGGUAAGCACACGCUUCUUCGUCGAGAAAAGAAAUGGGAAAGAGAAUCCACCGUGUGGAACGGUGGUCGACAAUACGGUGACGUUAAGCGAACGCUUCGAUUUCUACUUGGUGUCGCAAAAAGUCAAUCAAGGAACAGUGUCGCCAAUCAAUUGCAACGUCAUUUACAACUCGCCCAAUUUAACUCCAGAUAUUCAUCAAGCAUUAGCUUACGCUUUGACUCACGUCUACUUCAAUUGGGCGGGAACACUGCGAGUCCCGGCUCCGAUUCAAUACGCGCACAAAUUAGCAUACCUAGUCGGUGAGAAUCUUGAGCGUGUCCCUCACGAUGCCUUGGCUAAAUAUCCCUAUUACCUAUAAAAGCCGAUUGUUUGUACUUGCCCCAUUAAAAGAGAAAAUGAUCUCCCCAUUUAAAUCCAUAGCUAUCUUAAGCGUAAUGGUACUGAUUCCAUUUGAGAAGUCCUGUGAACUGUAUUAAUGUUAAUUGUGACAACAAAAUCACAUUACAACUCAACCAACACCGGAUGGAUGGGUUAUAAGAGCCUACAUUUAAAAAAAACAAACAUGUAAACAAUUAUUAUUACUAUUAUUAUUAC